GGGUGGACCGGUCCAGGGCAACGCCACCGCACCAAGAUGUUCACGUCCAAGUCCAACUCCGUGUCGCCAUCGCCGUCCCUGGAGCAGGCCGACGCCGACGCGCUGGACAUCAGCACCAAGGUGCAGCUCUACGGGGUGCUGUGGAAGCGGCCCUUCGGCCGGCCGUCGGCCAAGUGGUCCCGGCGGUUUUUCAUCAUCAAAGAGAGCUUUCUGCUCUACUACUCUGAGAGUGAGAAGAAGUGCUUUGAAAGCAAUAAGUACUUCAAUAUCCAUCCUAAGGGUGUCAUCCCACUGGGUGGCUGCCUGGUGGAGGCCAGGGAAGAGCCAAGCAUGCCCUAUGCCAUGAAGAUCUCACACCAGGACUUCCACGGGAAUGUCUUGCUGGCUGCUGAGUCCGAGUUUGAGCAGACGCAGUGGCUGGAGAUGCUGCAAGAGUCUGGGAAGGUGACCUGGAAGAAUGCCCAGCUGGGAGAAGCCAUGAUCAAGAGCCUGGAGGCCCAGGGGCUGCAGUUGGCAAAGGAAAAGCAGGAGUAUUUAGACAAGCUGAUGGAGGAGACGGAAGAACUGUGCCUUCAGAGGGAGCAGAGAGAGGAGCUGGAGCGCCUGAAUCAAGUGCUGGAGGCCGAGAAGCAGCAGUUUGAGGAGGUGGUGCAGGAGCUGAGGGUGGAGCAGGAACAGAUCAAGAGGGAGCUAGAGCUCACCGCAAGAUGCCUUAAGGGCGUGGAACAGGAGAAAAAGGAACUGCGACACUUCACGGAGUCCUUGCAGCAGACACUGGAGGAACUCUCCAUAGAGAAGAAGAAAACCCUAGAGAUGCUAGAGGAGGAUAAGAACCAGCCGCAGUCGCAGGCCAGUGAGAGCGAGCAGCCUGCCGCCAGCGGGGGCCUGCGCAGCAACCUCAGGCAGAUAGAGGAGAAGAUGCAGCAGCUGCUGGCCGAGAAGCUCCUGGCCGAGAAGCGGAUGAAGGAGAAUGAAGAGCGCUCGCGGGCCCUGGAGGAAGAGCGGGAGUUCUACUCCAGUCAGUCGCAGGCACUGCAGAACUCACUGCAGGAGCUGACAGCUGAGAAGCAGCAGGCCGAACGGGAGCUCAAGGCUGAGGUGAAGGUUCGCAUGGACCUGGAAAGACGUCUGCGGGAGGCAGAGGGGGCCCUGAGGAGCCUGGAACAAGGGCUCAACUCCAAGGUGCGGAACAAGGAGAAGGAGGAGAGGAUGCGGGCCGACGUGAGCCACCUGAAAAGGUUCUUUGAGGAAUGCAUCCGAAAUGCAGAGCUGGAGGCCAAGAUGCCGGUCAUUAUGAAGAACUCUGUGUACAUCCACAAGGCAGCCACUCGCCGCAUCAAGAGCUGCCGCUUCCACCGGCGCAGGUCCAGCGCCACCUGGAAUGACAUGAAGCCAUCCCAGUCCUUCAUGACCUCCCAGCUAGAAGCCAGCAACACAGAGGAGCUGAAGGAGGUGGUCAAGCGGCUGAGCAGAGACCAGCGCUUCCGGGAGUCCAUCUACCACAUCAUGGCCACCCAGCCUGGAGCAUCCUCUGUGCUUCCCCGGGGUGGAAAGUGAUGGGAGCCCCUCCCCGGCCUCCCAUCUUUCCUUGGUGGGGAUGGGGUGGCAGAGGGAGGCCUCCUGGCUCCUUCCCACCAGAGCUCCACCUGGGAGACCAAGGGCUUCAAAGGAUGGGGUAACACCUCCCUCAGACAGACCCUGAGCCAUGACCUUGGAUUUGCGUUAGGUGGGGAGGGCCCACACUGGGUGCUGCCUGGUUAUCGGGGUGAGGGGAGGAAGAGACCUGGCUGUGUGUAGUUUCUGUUGGUUAGACAGAUUGUGGAGGAAGACUGUCUGUCCUCGGGGGCUGCCUGAAGCCUCUUGGUCCCCUCUCUGUGGUAGUCUGUCAACCUGCCACUCUGCCCUGGUCCUUAUGAAUGAUGGGUGGCUUCACCUCCCCAAGGGGGGCUGACUUGUCUCCCCACAUGACACUCCCUAGCCUUCUUCUGGCACUGCUACCCAAUCUUUGCCAAGGCCCCUCGACUGAUUCCACUUCCCAGGGGAGGGAAACAAGGUCCCGAGUACAUCAGCCAUAGCCUCACAGCACCACGCACCCUGGUCACAGUAUCUCUUUCCUGGGUUUGCCCUGGCUGUGGGGCCACCCAGGCCUCCCCUCCUCCUCAGAUGGGCUUCUUCACCUGCCAGAGAAGGAGCGUGAGGGCGAAUCCCACCGUGUUCCUCGCUGGGGGCUGUCAUCCUCAGAAACGCUGCUGGCUCUCCCAGAGGACACACAGCCCACCCAGGAGUGGACAGAGGCGGCCCAGGCUCCUGUUUUAAUCCAUAGCCAAGCAGCUGCCUGUACAAGAUCGCAGCCUCUCCCCGGAGGCUGGAACGUGUCCCUUAGCCAUGACAGUCUUUUUCCCGCUGUUCAGGAUACUGAGGUGUUCUUUGGGAUGGACACACAGCCACAGCAGGAUAAAUCUAAGCAGAAGGACAGCGCCCCCCCCCCCAAUGCCGGGGACCUCAGAGAGUGAUUGCCGAGGCCAGCCAGACUGCCCAGCUGUCCGUGUGCCCUCCUUUGCGGGAGGUGGGGCUUGGGCUUCAGCCAUCUGCAAGAUGUGGCUGGUGUGCGGGGUGGGGGGAGCUGUGGAAUCAGCCCAUUUGAGUGUAAAUGUAGAAGCUAUAAACGUGUAUAACCCUACAUAAACAUGGAACUUGUAUUUCUAAUAUGUAUGUGGAAUGAACUUUGAAAUGAGGAAGAAUUAUAAAGCCAAGAUGACUGGCUUUUCUUUUCUUUUCUGUUUGGUCUUUAAAUAAUUAGAUUAAUGAUGGCUUGCUGUUAGAGAAAGACCUUUUGGAAAUUUUCAAGUGCAUCUAGUCUUCCUGGGCAAGCUAGUAACCAGAAAGAAAGUGUUUGUCUCAGGCCACUUGGGAUUGCUAGACCAGAACACCUGCACUGAGUUUAUGGACGACCAGGAACAGACUGUUGUGAGUUGGAGGCCAGCCUGAGCUGAUUGUCAGAUGCAGGUCAGGGAGUCCAACUUGUCCUUUAAGAGGAACCAUUGCCAUGACAACCCAUUCCUGCAAAGAUGAUUUUAAUCUAGUUGCCUAGGGCAGAGCCCCCUUAAUUCUCUUAAAGGUCCAAACCUCUUAAUAUUAUUAUAAUGGCAAUCAAAUUUUAACAUGCAUUUGGGAGGGGACACACAUUCAAAUCAUAGCAGUGCCUUCCCUUGCACACUCACUAACCAACCCCCUUACCUCCCCCUAUUCUCACUCUGUAAUUUCCAUGCCUCAGGCAAGUUAAGCCCGGGUUAUCUCCAACUAACAGAUCAAUUCCCUCAGUGUGUACUUAACACCAUUGUGUACCUAAGCUAGCUCGGUACAUGGAAGAGGAGCAGCAUCUCUAUGGAAAUAUGUAGGGCUGGGAUUGCUUACUGAUUUGUGUGUGUGUGUAUAUAUAUGUACAUCUAUGUAUAUAGUGUGUAUAUACUAAUUAUAUGUAAUAUAUAUUUACCUGAUACAAACAAAACCUAUUCCUUGGUCAAUUAAAUGGAUUUCACGCAA